AUGGCGAUGCCCUUCCCCUUGGCCUCCUCUUUGCGCCGCCACCGGCGCCGCGGCCACGGCGUCCCGCGGCCCCACGCCUGCCCCCAGUGCCCGCGCGCCUACGCCGAGCGCCGCGACCUGCGCGCCCACCAGCGCGCGCACACGGGCGAGCGCCCCUUCGCCUGCGCCCAGUGCGCCAAGCGCUUCGCGCGCGCCUCCUCCCUCGCCUGCCACCGCCGCAUCCACGCGGACACCAAACCCUAUCCAUGCGGUGUAUGCGGUAAGGCCUUCACCCAACUGUCCUCCUACCAGAGCCAUUGCCGCGUGCACACGGGGGAGAGGCCAUUCCUAUGCCCGCAAUGCGGACGCACCUUCGCGGACCCCUCGAGCUACCGGCGGCACCAGCGCGGUCACAGCGGGUUGAAGCCUCACCAAUGCCAGGACUGCGGUAAAGGCUUCCGGCAGCCGGCGGACCUGGCGCUGCACCGGCGGGUGCACACGGGUGAGCGGCCCCACGCGUGUGGGGAUUGCGGUAAAGGGUUCGCGGCGUCCUGGGACCUGAAGCGGCACCGGCGCAGCCGCCACGCGGCGCUGAGGCCGCACACGUGUGGGGAGUGCGGGAAGGGGUUUGGGGACAAGGGGGCGCUGGGGAAGCACAGGAGGAGCCAUGUGGGGCUCCGGCCCCACACGUGUGGGGUGUGCGGGAAGGGGUUCGCGGCGGCCGCGGCGCUCAGGAGGCACCAGAGGAGGCAUGGGGAGGGGGGUGAGGGGGGGGUGGAUGAGGUGCAUAGGGGCGAUAUGGCCGCCAAAGCUGAGGUCCAUAUGGAUGCUAUACAUACAGGCAAUAUGGCCGCCAUACGUACAGGCAAUAUGGCUGCCAUAGAUGGAGGCAAUAUGGCCGCCAAAGCUGAGGUCCAUAUGGAUGCCAUACAUACAGGCAAUAUGGCUGCCACACAUACAGGCAAUAUGGCUGCCAAAGCAGAGGUCCAUAUGGAUGCCAUACAUACAGGCAAUAUGGCCGCUGUUGAUGGUAGCAAUAUGGGUACCAUACAUACAGGCAAUAUGGCCGCUAUACGUACAGGCCAUAUGGCUGCCAUAGAUGGAGGCAAUAUGGCCGCCAAAGCUGAGGUCCAUAUGGAUGCUAAAGGGAGGGACAAUAUGGCCGCCAUACGUAUAGUCAAUAUGGCCACUGUGGGUGGAGGCCAUAUGGCCACUAUACAUACAGUCAAUAUGGCUGCCAAAGCAGAGGUCCAUAUGGAUGGUGGAGGGGGAGGUAAUGUGACUGCCAUGGAUGGGGGCAAUAUGGCUGCCAUACAUACAGUCAAUAUGGCCACCAUACAUAUAGUCAAUAUGGCCGCCAAAGCUGAGGUCCAUAUGGAUGCUGGAGGGGGGCCCAAUAUGGCCGCCCCCAUUGGGGUUCAAUCGGGGCCCAAUAUGGCCGCCCCCAUUGGGGUUCAAGCAGGGCCCAAUAUGGCCGCCCCCAUUGGGGUUCAAUCGGGGCCCAAUAUGGCGGCCCCCAUUGGGGUCCAACCGGAAGCCAACAUGGCCGCCCCCAUUGGGGUCCAACCGGAAGCCACCAUGGCCGCCGCCAUGAUGGACGCCAAGAUGGCGGCUCCCUUCGCCUGCCCCCUGUGCCCCCGGCGCUUCCGGGCGAGGGCGGGGCUACGCAAGCACCAAUGGCGUCACGGCCCCGCGCAGGCCCCGCCCCCUGCGCCGCCUUAG